AACGUUCUUCUAUGUUGCCGUGUGAAGCUGUGUAUCUAUUUGCUAGAGUAAACACAACAUAUCACAUUGUGCGAGGCUUACAGGAACUUACAGACAACAUUGAGUCCCACCAGCCGUCUGGAUGAGACCACACAAACCUAUGGACGGGCCUAAGCGAUUUAAGUCGUAUGGAUGUGCAAACAUCACUCCUACAUAGUGGAAGGCCAUCAACGACUCUUGUGAAAUGGUCGUGCAUUAACCGCGCCAACCUGUGGACGGGCAUAAACUACUCAAACCUGUGGACAAACCGGAUGGAUGGACACACUAGGUUUAUAAACGGGUGUUAAAAUAACUGAAAAUAAGCAAUUUGUCCUUUGUAUGGACGUGUCAUAAACUAAUAUAUCUACAUGUACAUAAUACCUCAAAUAGUUACGUUUCGAAUUUACUCAUUAUACUCGUAUGAACUUUGGUGUGUUUUAAUGCUUAAUAAUGAACCUCCGAUAUUGAAAUACAGAAAUUCAGGAGAAAGAAAAUCUAAUUCUUCAGCGUGUGAAAUUGUGCAGUUAUUGUGCAAGUCAGGAUUGAAAUGCUAUCGUCUUUGAAUUAUUCUGGAAAUGUGAACUCCGUUGAAAUUGGAUGAAAAAUUAUUGUGAAGCUAGAAUGGUUCUAUUAGAGUAUCCAUUGAAAGUAACGAGAAUUAACGUGAACGUUUGUUGUCCUAUUUGACAAUACGAUAAAUAGCCUACAAGUGUCAGUAGACACACUUACUGUUGGUGAUAAUUUCACCAUAACUGCGGUACAGCGUGGUAAUCAAUCCCUGAUAAAAAAUUAAUCUUAUGACUGUGAUCGAACAAAUCAGUUAUCACGUGUGUUAUAUAUCUACCACUUGUGCACAUAUUUACAACUAAAAGCACACACAGCUGGAAUCGACAGAAAGUUAAAAAAAAAAACUGACAGAAAAAUUUCAGCACGUGGGCUGCACUGUUUGAUUAGCUGUGGUUUUCCAUUUUCAUAUAAAAGAGGCGAAAUUAAACCAAUAAACUAGAACACCACAUAGUGAGAAAGAGAUCACAUAUGAACAGCACUUAUUUGCAUUAAGCAGUUUUAAGCCUUGUAAAAAUACUGAUACGUUUGCGUGUAGACUCGAUAUUUAUUAAAUGCUCGGAAGACUUCACAAACACACAUACGUCUAAGUACAAGCUGAUUUUUAUAUGUUACUUAAAACAAAAUAUCAUUUUAUACUAGAUCGGUUUUAACGUAUCCGAGUAGACAUAACGGUUAUACGACAGUGCGUGCCGUGCUCGUGCCUGCCAGUGGUGAUUUUAGUAGUCAGUCAGUCAGUCAGAACCUGUAACUUUAAAAUGAAUGAUAGUUGGGAUGUAAUUGAAGGCAUGGACAACUCCACGUCUGCUAACAUGUCCGGCAAUACAACGGAAGUGCUUUACUAUGAGUAUUAUGAUGACAUGAGCCUGUAUGGCGAAUGUAAGUGGACGUUGCCCAUUCAGCAAACGAUUCUUGGAAUAGAAUUGGUGCUCUCACUCCUAUUUAACGGAACUGUCAUCAUGUUGAUAUUAAGGAAAGGAAAACGAAAUAAGAUGUCGUUCUUCGUCCUCCAUUUGGCCAUCUCAGAUUUCUCAAUGGCUAUAUUUUACAUAUUACCAUUCUUCAUCACGCGCGUGGCUGGACAAUGGUAUGCUGGACAUGUCCCUUGUAAGAUAUACAUGUAUUUAAACCAACUGGCGAUGUACUCUUCCACUUAUAUGUUGGUUGUAAUGAGCGUUGACCGCCUUUACGCUAUCGCAAAGCCACUUUCUGCCACACGACGGGGUCUAAAAUACCGCCGGUUGCUUGUUUUAUCUGCCUGGUUUGUCGCGGCUUGUGUUGCAGUAAAAGAUGUAAUUUAUUCAGGAUACACUGUUUAUGAUGGUAGACGUCUUUGUGAAACUGAUUAUCCUCCUCACUUAGUAAAGCUGUUUAUCACACUGGAGGCUGUAAUUAACGUUUUUUUCCCUGCUUUGAUAAUCACAAUUUGCUACAGUUGGAUUGUAGCUAUUGUAUCUCGUAGAAGCAACUAUUCUACCAACGCCAAACACCAAAAGGAAGUAAUCGCCAUGUUUUUGAAACAUUUAAUUGCAGAAAAAGAAAAAGUCCCAAGUAGACGCAUCGAUGUUGUAACAAGGGCUAAAAUUCGAAGCACAAAAGUGAUGUUUGCAGUAGUCUCGGUGUUUUUGGUCUGCUGGAGUCCCCACACCAUCAACUUUAUGCUGACCGUGUAUGACGUCGUGCCUUUUACCUGUGUUACGUUUAUUAUAUUUCCCUUUGCGCCGUUAAACAGUGUCGCAAACCCACUGUUGUUUUUAGCCCUCAACUACAAAACCUUGUUCGAACAUAGAAAGACUGGAAAAGACUUAAACAGGAAAAGUAUGAAAACUACUUAUACUACUAUCACGCGUAACAACACGGAAUGGCCCCGUGAUGUGCCCUUGUCUGUAAUUGUACCCACCCGUGACACAUGAAUGUAAAGUGCUCGUUUAUUAUAAUGAUAAAACAUUCUUUAUUGAGGAUGAAACAUGUUUAGCCAAACGGCUAAUUAUCCACAUGGUCUUCUCUAUUUAGUUACCACCUAUUGAUUCCAUUAGUAGAUAUCCUGGAAUGUUGUAAGAAUGUACUAAUCACACAAAUAUUUUUCAUUCACUGCUUUACUACUGCGACUGAUGCUGUGAAUAUCUUAAUGUAUAUCUAUUUUGUGGUUAAUUGUUUAUGUUAUUUGAAUACUCAGUUGUCUUACUAAUUACUUAUUGUUUUCAAUAUUUGACUAAUGCUUUGUGUGAAA